GUUUCCAAAAUAGAGGUCACUGGGAUGCAGGCUUCCUAAGCGUGGGGUGGUCCAGCUGUCCGAGCAUCACCCGAAAAGCCACCCCGAGCAAGCCAGCCAGCAGGCACAUGGGGCGCUCGAUGUGGCUGCUCCAGAUUGAAAUGGUGACCUCUGAAGUCUGAAAAAAAAACAAACCACAACAGAUUGAUGCUUUCUUUCCUGUAUUACAAGAGAAAGGGACAAAUCUUUUCGACCGGGAGCCAUUAUUCGGGCAUUUUACGAAUCUGUGGUUUCAUCCAGCAAGAUUGUGAAUUCAAGGUGGCAGCAAGAGGGAGGAAGGAAGGAAACGGCAGCUGUCAUGUCCUCAAUGGGAAAACUAACAGCAGUCUGAAGAAGAGGCCUUUGGGGUGGCCCAGGCAGCCUGAGGCAAGGAAGCGGGGUUGAGCCGUCCCACCCGGCCAGGUCGGUUUUCCCCAGGAGCCUUGGCCAGGCUGUCUAAAGACGGUCCAGCCUGCGGAUUGGAGGAGGAUGAAGACCCCGGAGGGAAAAAGAGACUGAGCUUCCCCGAUACGUUUCUAAACACAAGAGGCAUCGGGGUGGGUGGGAGCCCUGCCCUGAGUGUGUGGGGGCCGACGCGAGUCUCUCCAACCAAACGUUCCAGCAUCUUUUUCUGAUCCCGGCUCAUAAUCCGGCAAGAGCUGCUGCCCAUCUGUGAUGUGGUGAGAGGGAGACAGAAAAGGAAGGCCUUCUAAAAACACACACUUCGUCGUCAUCCUCCUCCUCCUUCUGGGUUUGGUUUGGUUUUUUUCCUUCCAGAUCACCACCAGAUCUUUUGGCUCGAGGAUGCCCACUUCUAAGCCACUGGAGGAUGAGUUUUGGAUCGAGGGAUCCCGGAGGGAUUCGGCGCUACGGGAUUUCUACCUCGUAGGCCCCGAGCUGGGCAGGGGUGCCACGUCGGUGGUCUACAGCUGCGAGGAGAAAGAGACCCAGGCACAGUACGCUGCCAAAAUAUUGCAGAAGACGAUUGACAAGAAGAUUGUCCGGACCGAAAUCGGGGUUUUGCUCCGGCUUUCGCACCCCAACGUGAUUAAGCUGAAGGAGAUUUUCGAGACCCCCACGGAAAUCACCCUGAUUUUGGAGCUGGUGACAGGCGGGGAGCUGUUUGACAGGAUCGUCGAGCGGGGGUUUUACAGCGAAAGGGAUGCCGCCCACGUGGUGAAACAGAUCCUAGAAGCGGUUUCCUACUUACACGCAAAUGGAGUCGUCCACCGGGACCUCAAGCCGGAGAAUCUUCUCUACGCAGACCUAUCCCCAGAGGCACCUCUUAAAAUUGGUGAUUUUGGAUUAUCCAAGAUUGUGCACGAGCAGGAUACAAUGAAGACAGUGUGUGGCACUCCAGGAUACUGUGCGCCCGAGGUCCUCCAUGGCUCACCAUAUGGCCCUGAGGUGGAUAUGUGGUCCGUUGGCGUCAUCACAUAUAUCUUGCUGUGUGGCUUCGAACCCUUCUUUGACCCAAGAGGAGACCAGUACAUGUACAGCCGGAUCCUGAACUGCGACUAUGAGUUCGUCUCUCCGUGGUGGGAUGAAGUGUCUCUCAACGCUAAGGAUCUGGUGCAGAAGCUGAUCGUCCUGGAUCCCCAGAAGCGCCUCACGGUGCAGCAGGCGCUGGAGCACCCUUGGGUCACUGGCAAAGCCGCCAAGUUCGCUCACAUGGACAGCACCCAAAAGAAACUGCAGGAGUUCAACGCCAGGAGGAAGCUGAAGGCUGCGAUGAAAGCUGUGGUCGCCUCCAGCCGCUUAGGCAACCACGGCCAUUACGACGGGUCCAGAAAUGGGCGCCACCAGGAUGGCACCAAAGAACCAGGCCUGGCCGUAGCCACAGAAAACACCUCCUUGCUCCGGGAAGAAAACCUGAUCAGUAAGAAACCCGCCGAGCCCGGCACGUCGGACGACGGCAUGACCGCGCCAUCAGCCAAGGUGGAACGGCUUGACGCUUUCCAAAGCGAGGGCUCAGUGGCCGCCAGUGUGAUCUUCAACGGCUCCAGCUGUAAGAGUUAACCAUGCAAAACUUCGGCGUUCUGCUCGCACAUGGAGGGGAGGGGGAACCAUCCUUUAAUUCAAACCAGACUGGAAAAGCAUCCCAAAGUUAUGAAUUUUUUUAAGCCAGAAGGAUUCUCAAAGCAACUGGACAGACUGACAUGUUUUCUUUGGCACCGGCGUGUGCGAUCGUGGCCCACUUUGCCCGGUUGGUGUUGUGGUACGGCAUCUCCAGGUCUACAAUUCCAAAAAAAUAACCCCUUCCAAUCCACCAAGACUGUACUUCUGAAGCCAAUGUUGUGACGUAUCCCUACUCCCACGGAAUGGCACCAGCUCAAAUCUAUAUACUGUACAGUAGGACCACGGUUUCACUU